GUUGAGGUUAUCGAGACGGACCACCGGCAGUACAACAUAAUGCCGAUCAAUUGAAAGUGCUUAGAGAGUAGAAUGUCACUUUUUCGGUCUUGCUGUAAGCAAUCCACACAAAUGACGUAUCAAAAUUAUCCCUAUUCAUUGCUGAUUAAUCUGAUGAAGGCACCGAGAGGUAAUGUGAUAGUCAAGUGACACAAACAACCUCUAAAUGAAGGUCCUUCAGAAAAACUGCAACGCCGUGAGUUAAGAACCAAAAGUAAUCAUGCACAAUCCUAGUUUAUUGGAGCAUGUUUGAGGCCAGACAAAUUUCACUGCUCACCUUUAGUUUGGGACAAUAUGCGAAAAUGGUUGUUUUGGAGGUCCCUGAAUGUUAGGCUGAUUUUGCAGCCACUUUCACUAGUUAAGAUUGUAACAUCUCAAAUAAAACGUACUAUCAAUGUACCGACUUGACUCUAACUCACCGCUAGGCGUGGUGGCAAAAACUGACCCAUCUGCAAAGGACCUGUGUGGUGUAUAAGUUUGGUGAGGGUACAAUCACGUCUUUUACAAGAUUACGAAAGUUUACUUUUUGCCUGUUGCGCAGUUUUGUAAGUGUACAUAAUGUAUAACAGUUAAACAUGUCUCUAACAGCGAAUUUCUUUCCCCCAAAACAGUUCUUGCAAUAUUCCCCGUCAUUACACUAGUGAUACAACUAACCAUGGAGUAAUAAUUAUUUUGAUAAUCCCAUUGAGUUCAUUAUUAACGAGAGUCCAAUGUAAAGCAUCAUGAUUAUAAUGGGCUUUGUUCUACUGUCACUUAGAGGCUGAAAGGCUGUCUCUUUGCCAUAAAGGUGUUGUAAUACACCCCACUUCAUUUUGAGUACCUGUGCAUGUAGCAAAGUGGAGUAAAGAAAAGUUUCACUUGACUGAAGUGUCAAUAUUUUAUCUAUAAACAAACAAAACCACUUUGGUGUACAUGGCAAGCACUUAGAGACUCUACAUAUUCCUCUUCCCUAUAAAAUGUCCCCUCGCUCUUGAGUCAAAAGUCUACUGUACAAGCCCACUAGUCCAGUUCUGGCUCUUACCAGCAUGCGAGGAAUAACAAUAUUUUUGGCCAUGCUUUUGGUAGCAGUAGGACAGGCAGGAACUCGGGAAAAGUGGCACUUAUGGAAGGAGAGACACAACAAGGUUUAUUUGAAUGAAUCUGAGGAAGCUAGCCGCAAGCAAACAUGGCUGAGAAACCUUCUCAAGAUAUCUGACCACAACUCAAGAAAUGUAACAUUUGUGAUGGAACUGAAUCAGUUUGCUGAUCUGAGUGAGGAAGAGCUACCUGCUUUGUUGCUUACUCCCAUGGAUUUAAACAAUGGAGUGGAGGGCUGUGGACUUCAUGUCAAUAGCAACAAGAACAACUAUCCUUCCAGUUUGGAUUGGAGGGAGCGUGGCUUUGUCACUGAGGUUAAGGACCAAGGCAAAUGCAAGUCAUCAUGGGCAUUCAGUGCAAUAGGGGCCCUUGAGGGCCAGAACUUCAAGGAGAGUGGUCACCUUCUGGAUUUGAGUGUUCAACAGGCUAUCGACUGCUCCUGGCUGCAUGGAAACAGAGGAUGCCAUGGUGGAUUGGCAACUAGUGUUUUUGAUUACGUCAACAGGGAGCAUGGAAUUUGUGCUUCUUCUUCGUACUCCUACGUUGGAUAUAUGAUAAUGGAGGUAGCAAGUAACGGGAUGCCUGUGACUGCCACCGUAUGUCCUCUUAACACUCUCUGCGACGUCAUCCUAUUGGUUGAUGCCUCUGCCUCCCUGAGUGGAGUGUUCCAAGGUCUCAUGAACGACUACAUCCUACCCUGUUUAGAGCAUUUCUCCGGAGGAGCAAUGAAACAUUCUUCAUCUGAACUCAAGUAUGGCCCCGUGCAGUUUGGACUGGUGACAAUGAACUCUCCAGGACUCACAUACCGCCAGGCCUGUACCUACUAUCCUGUCACUUGUGAUGGUGCUCGUGUUCAUCAGUGGCUCAAGGAAAUGAGGUUCGAAGGAGGUCUCAUGGAGCACUCUCUCAGGCUUUCUGAAGGGUUUGCAGCAGUGCUGGAAUUGUGUGAUCUCAUGUCUACAACCAGAGAACCAUGUCUUGGACCUGAUCAAGCUGUUGAACAGUACUGCCUUCUGGUCUGCAACUUUCCUCCGUCAAGCCAUUCAUGUGUGGAGUCAAUGAAGUAUGGUGGAAAAACUCACGAGCAGCUAUCUAAAAUAAUGGUUGAGAGGAAUUUGAAAGUAUCAGUAAUCUCACCGAGAAAUCUGCUAUACUUCAAGAACAUAUUUGAAAGAGGUCUCGUAGAUACUGAUGCGGACACCAAAGAGGUCCUCUCUGAGAGCCAGCACUCACUUCAUUCGGGCCACACUGUGCUCUUCCAAGGCUUCACUCUGCAAAGUUUAAAGAGAAAACAAGAGGAAGGACUAUUGAAGAAAGUAAAUGAAUUGAAACAGAUUCCUUUGAAGGUAGAAACCCGCAUGGACACUCAGACGCCGGCACUACCUACAAAUGGUGUGGCACCGCACUCAGACAAGUCAGGCCAACUCCUGUCUACAACUUACGACAGCAAGACUCCUCCUAAUCAGUCCAGUCCCAUCGGUGGAACCAGAAAUCCUUCUCCUUCCUUCACAAAAGCCACUCCAAGUACUGUGGCGGACGAGAAUCCUACUUCCGUCCCACCACCAUCGGUAUUUGCUGCUCCUAGUCCUUCCGGUGUUGCAUCACCUCAGCGUCAACCAAUACCUAGCACAAUAACAAGUGUAUCUCCUCCUUCCAAUGCUGCAGGAGCUCCCAUCACUAGAGUGCCCAGUUCAACUCAGUUGCACACAACUAGAGCAUCAUUUAGUGCCUCUCUUCCCAUGCAACCUGCAGCAAGUCCUUCCGCAUCUGUCCAACAGAAUGUCCCACAGUUGCAGGUGCCAAAUCGAUCGCUGGCAGCACAGGGUGGGACUCAGCAAAUUGGUAUUACUUCGCUAGCUUCGUCACAGCCUCCUCACAUGGGGGCAACUCAACCAUCUAUCCCUAAUCAACUAGGGCAAGGUGCUCUUAAUAUGGGUCCUUCCUUGAAUAGGGCAGUAUCUUCCUCUACCGCCAUGACGGCACUUUCCCUACCGUCUUCCAUGUCUCAAGGUUUCCCCAAUGUGGUAGCCACAUGCACAAGCAUCCCCUCAACGAGUACUGCUCCCAUCUUCUCCCACUUGGGAGUAACUUCAUCACUAGGGAACCAAUCUGCUCUAAAUCAAAGGCAGCCAGUUGGUUCAAUGGCUGCUGCUGUUGCUGCCGCUGAGAGUGCAUUGAUGCAGGCUAAUGCUCAGGUCUUGCCUCCCAGAUUGGGACCAAUGUCUUCUGGUAUCAAUAUCCCUGGCCAGACAGGAGGGAUUGGGCAGGGGAUAACCAACACUGUGAUGGCUAGCCAACCAAGCAUGAAUGUUGGGCUAACAAGUCUUGUUGGCUCCUCGCAAUCAUCAACGACAGCAACACCAGCUAUGAUUUCUUCUGCACCCUCCACAUUGCAACCAUCACAGCAGAAUGUGACUGGAACACAGCCCAAUAGUUCUGCCAUGCAGCUAGCUAUGCAGGGGCAACAGCAGCAGCAGCAGCAUCCACUUGGCACCUUGCAGCCAGGGACACAGCCAUCCGGGGUCUCUAUUAGUCAGCCAAAUGUACAGUCCCAGUUUGGAGCACAGGGUCAGGGACAUGUGAUGGGUCCUGGGGUAGCUCAGUCUCAACAACAAGCAGGAAUGCCACAGAGCAUGGGACGGGGGCAGCAACCACUUAGUGGACCUCAGAUGUCUCUUCCCAACCCUGGAAUGCCCCCCACCCAACCUGGUCACAUGCAGCCGCAAUCUAUGCAGCCAGGCAUGCUUGGACCGGCACAAGGAACUUCAUCAAACAUGGCAAGCGGCCUUCAGCAGCCUCCUCAUUCGGCGUCACAGCCUGGAAUGACAACUGGCAUGCAGCCACCUGGACAGCAGGUACAUCCUGGUCAACCAGGAGCUUUUGGAGUACAAGCUCAGCAACAGGUACAGCAAACAAUAAUUUGGAAUGGCACAGUGGAUAUCAUGGAGCAGCAUCGUGGACAGAGACCAGUGAAGCGCCCAAUGCAGUGCUCCAUAUCUGCCAAAAGGGAUAAUAUCCCAGAAUUACACCCUGAAAACUGGCCUCAAUAUCUCAUGAUGCAGGCUUAUCCUAAGCAGGCUACGAGUAUGAUUAUGUCACUGAUGAAGCUAAACCAGCAGCAGAAUAUGGUUCGAGUGGUGACCUUUAACUUUGCUGAGCCACCGGAGCAGGUUUACACCCUCCGACUACUCAUGUCUAGUGACCAGGCCCAAAAACAUUUCGGAAUUGUUCACUUCAAUAGUGCGACACCUCAGCCUAUCAAAGCUCUCAUUUUAGUGUGGAAUGAAAAAGCAAUGCAGUUCACUGGGCUCAUCCCAAUAGAGCAGGUACUCCAUAUUAUAGUAAUGUGGUCUAUUUAUAUGUUAUAUUGGCUGAGCCGCUCGGUACUGCUUUUAAGCAGAAUCGUCAGCAAAAUGAGUACAGCACACAUACACGGCACAUUUACACCCAACUACACUUGCACACUUGUUGGUAAAACCUUGAAAUAUUAGUAGUACAUAUAGGUUACACUAUGCC